GGCCAGUUGGGAGAGGCAGAUUACCCGUGCUGCUGGGGACGCUUUCGUCGUCGGGGAAUGGGUGUGAGCUUGGCAGUUCCGGUCCCAGGCUGCUGCCAUGAGGUUGAAUCAGAACACCUUGUUGCUGGGGAAGAAGGUGGUCCUGGUACCCUACACUUCAGAACACGUGCCUAGGUACCAUGAGUGGAUGAAAUCAGAGGAACUGCAGCGUUUGACAGCCUCAGAGCCACUGACCCUGGAGCAGGAGUAUGCUAUGCAAUGCAGCUGGCGGGAAGAUGCAGACAAGUGCACCUUCAUUGUGCUGGAUGCAGAGAAGUGGCAGACUCAGCCAGUCCCCACCGAAGAGAGCUGCAUGGCAGGAGAUGUGAAUCUGUUUCUCACUGAUAUAGAAGACCCCACCCUGGGGGAGAUUGAAGUCAUGAUUGCAGAGCCCAGCUGCAGGGGCCAGGGUUUUGGCACUGAGGCUGCUCUUCUGAUGAUGUCUUACGGAGUGACUAAGCUGGGUCUGACCAAGUUUGAGGCUAAAAUCGGUCAAGGAAAUGAACCCAGCAUCCGGAUGUUCCAGAAACUUCAUUUCAAGCAAGUGGCUGUGAGCAGCAUCUUUCAGGAGGUGACGUUCAGACUGACAGUGAGUGAGGCUGAGCGGCAGUGGCUUCUGGAGCAGACCAGCCACGUGGAAGAGAAGCCCUAUAGAGAAGGGUCCACAGAGCCCCACUGACAGCCAGGCCUUUUGGGCAGCCACUGGGGCCGCCUACUCCAGAGGCCAGAGCUCUGCACGGGAGACAAAUGCACAGUGCCUUCCCUCCUGCUCCAAGCUGGAAAUCACCUGUUGGGGCUCUUCAGACUCAGACCAGGCGUGCUGUGACCUCCUGGAUUGGCAGUGGCCAAAGACUCAUCUCCCCUCCUGGCCGUACUGACACAUGACUCAGAUUCCCCUGGAGUGGGUGGCAGGAAUCCACUGGAAAGGUCAGGGUGGAGGUGGGAGCUGGAGGGGCCUAGAGAACCAACAGUCUUGGCCAGGCCCAACCCUUCAAGGCCCUGGCUGGGAGUAAAGCACUCGGUCUGGUUAGC